CUUUUUGCGACAAAUCGGCCGACAGACUUGUCGCGAGCCGGUUAUUAAGCACUUGAUUUGACAUAAGCAACCCUAUACACUAUGAGGUGUCAAGAGAUGACCAAUAACGGUAACAUGCUUCAAUGAACGAAACCGUUAUCUUUUUCGACAACUGUAACUUCCUAUUUGUUAAAAGCAUUCAUAUUGCUUAGCGUUUUCAGCAACUAUCGCUGGCAUAAGUGCAGAAAUCAUCAUGACAUAUACAAUGCUUGUAAAUUCUCUUUUAUCUACUUGAGAAAAGCAAAUUGCAGUGUUUGUCAUCUAUCAAACGGCACUAAAUCUGUGCGCUUGGACCUAUUGUAGCGUUAAAAAAUCACGAUAACUGCUGCGUUAACAAAACAUCGUUUUUUCGGCUUUUUGAAGUUUAUAAAAUAGUGCAUAUUGUGUAUGGCCCAACAAUUAUAUAUUCGAUCGUAUAUUUCGAGGAAUUCAUAAACCCAACGCAUUAUAAUUACCACUUAUCAACUUUAAAUGUCAGUCUCAUCAACCACUACAUUGCAAUCAGCCGAAAAGAAGGUUCGUCUUAACGAUUCGCUUACGAAUCAGCAAGAGAAACUUGACAUUGAACCCCUUGAAGGAUACGACUUUGGCGCCGUUGUUAAGAACAUUGAUCUCACAAAGUUGACGAAAGGACAAUUCCAGCAAAUUGAGAAAGCUCUAUUUACAUUCCAAGUACUGUGUUUUCGCAACCAACAUAAUCUGACUCCCGAAGUGCAAUUUGAAAUAACACAUCAAUUUGACCCUGCAACUAGUACUUAUGGGCACGGCGAUGAAGCUCAAAAACAAGAAAAUAGCAUUCUACAUCCUGAUUUGCAUACACUAAAGACCGUUCCUCAGGUCCAACUUAUUGGUCAUGGUCUUGUGAAAAAUCAUUAUGGGAUAAAAGAAGCACACCUUCGUCAUCCUCAUCACCGUACUUUUCAUCGUGACCCUAUAAGCCUUAAGGAUGAGGCAAACGGUGUAACACGUUUCUAUCGUUGGCACAUAGAUGCUGCGCUUUAUCACUAUAACCCACCGGUUGUUACCACUCUUCAUGCAAUUCAGGUUCCUCAAGGACCAAAACAAUUGCUUCGCUACGAUGAUGGUACAGGAGAUGAAUUGCAUGUGCCACUGGGUACAACCGCCUUUGCGUCAGGUUACAAAAUGUUUCAACUAUUAAGCGAGAAAGACAAGAAAGUUGCUGCACGCACCCGUGUUCAAUACUUUCCCCACCCUUACAUUACAAUUUCAAAUGCGAAGGCUCUUCCAAAUGGUCUGGGCAUGUAUACAGAUGGUCUUGAAUUACCCAAGGCAAAACUUCCUGAAUGGAGUGAAGACAAAGUGAAAACUCUUCCUCUACUAUGGAAAAAUCCAGUGACUGGAAUGCUCGCACUCCAAGUACAUGCAUGCUGUGCGGAAAAAUUGCUUAUUGACAAUGAUGAUGGCACAACGACCAUUAUUGACGAUUUGUCUAAAGUGCGCGAAAUUCUGUAUAAUUACCAAAGACCAGGAAUUGCUCCGAAACUUGUAUACUGUCAUGACUGGAAAGCUGAUGACUUUGUUAUAUUUCACAAUAGGGGCCUAAUUCAUUCCGUUGUUGGAGUCUUCAAGGAUGACCAAACUCGUGUAUUUCAUCAAUGUAACCUUGCUGCUUCUCAUACUCCAGAGGGUCCUUCUGAUUAACUGGAAGUAAUUUGACAUGUGUUUCAAUAUUUUUUUGCAACGAUUUCUUAUGUUUAAUUAUUAAUAAUUUAUUUAUAAUUUGCUUUCG